AUGGAAAACCUCGCGGAGAACGAUAUGCUCGUCGAUGAGUACGACCAGUACCCCAAUGAAAAGACUACCGACGUCGUCAUCUCGAGUCCCGGCUCCGAUGAGCCCACUCCUCCCUCCGCCGCCGACCAUGAAGCCAUGAUGGCUCGAGUGCUCCCCAAAAACCCCGAUCAUGAAACGGUAGAGGAAGUUUACAACACAUGGCAUAUCCGGGAUUGGAGGAAGCUAGAGAAAAAGAUCCAUGGCCCUGUCUUCAAAUCAGGCGGGACCCCUUGGCGCAUUCUCUUUUACCCCUACGGUAACGGCGUCGAACACGCUUCCUUUUAUCUGGAGCACGCCUGGGAUGGCGAGCCCCCCGAGAAUUGGUAUGCGUGCGCGCAGUUCGCCUUGGUCCUGUCUAACGUAAAAGAUCCGUCGAUCUAUGUGUCUCAUGUUGCGACUCACCGAUUCACCGCCGAGGAGGGAGACUGGGGCUUUACCCGUUUCUACGAUCUUCGAAGUCUCUUCAGUGAGGCAUGGGAAAACAAGGGCGUCCCGCUGGUCCAGGACGAUGAGGCGAAUAUCACCGCCUAUGUUCGCGUUGUCAAGGACCCGACCGGUGUCCUCUGGCAUAACUUCCAGAAUUACGAUUCCAAGAAGGAGACUGGCAUGGUCGGACUGAAGAACCAGGGUGCUACUUGCUACCUGAACUCACUCAUCCAGUCGCUCUAUUUCACCAACGCUUUCCGCAAAGCUGUGUACCAAAUUCCCACUGAUGAGGACGCCUCGCGGGAGAACAGUGCUUGGACCCUACAGAGACUCUUUUAUAACCUGCAGACCAGUGAUUUCGCCGUUUCCACGACAGAAUUGACCACGUCGUUUGGCUGGGACUCGCGUCAAGCUUUCGAGCAACAGGAUGUCCAGGAGCUUUCCCGAAAGCUCAUGGAACGUUUGGAGGAGCGUAUGAAGGGUACCGUAUCAGAAAAGGCACUGCCUCAACUGUUUGUCGGAAAGACAAAGACCUAUAUCUCUUGUAUCAACGUUGACUACGAGUCCUCGCGCGUGGAAGAUUUCUGGGAUAUCCAACUGAAUGUCCGGGUGGAAACACUCGAGGGCGAGAACAAGUACGAUGCUGGUUCUCCCUAUGGCUUGCAGGACGCCAAGAAGGGUGUCAUUUUUGAAAGCUUCCCCCCUGUCCUGCACCUUCACCUCAAAAGAUUCGAAUAUGACCUCAACCUCCUGACCAUGAUGAAAGUCAACGACCGACAUGUUUUCCCUAUGGAAUUUGACGCUGCCCCUUAUCUGUCUGAAAAUGCCGACAAGUCCGAACCCUGGACUUAUGAGUUGCACGGUGUACUUGUUCACAGCGGUGGUUUGGACGCUGGUCACUACUACGCCUUUUUGAAACCCACCAAGGAUGGUGACUGGUAUCGAUUCGACGAUGAUCGUGUGAACCGUGUUACGGAGAAGGAAGUGUUGGAAGAAAACUACGGUGGUGAAUACGAGAACGCGAACGGCGGAGUGCGUCAACCUUACACUCGCACAUAUUCGACCAAGCGCUCAAUGAACGCCUACAUGUUGGUUUACGUCCGAAAGACGAGAUCCGAUGACGUCCUGCUUCCAAUUGAAAAGGACGAUGUACCUUCUCACAUCUCUUCCCGCAUGGCCGAAGACAAAGCAGAGAUGCUUCGGAAGAAGAAGGAAAAAGAUGAGGCCCACCUCUAUAUGAGUAUUGGCGUCAUCAACGAGCAGACUUUCCAGUCACACCACGGAUUUGACUUGUUCAGCCCAGAACUGUCAGAUGAAGACCCGGCCUUGCCUGCGCAAUACCGUGUCCUUCGGACUAAGAAGAUCAGCGAACUCGCAAAGGAUAUCGCUGAGGAGCGCGGUCUCAACGAAGAAUCAAUCCGAUUUUGGGCCAUGGUCAAUCGCCAAAACAAGACCGCUCGCCCCGAUCAAGUCAUCCGCGAUUCGAAUCUUACCGUGGAGGAAGCUUACACCAAGUAUGGUACCAAGGGACACUUUUUCAGACUCUGGAUGGAGGUUGCAGCGCCCGGUCCUGAUGGCAAACUGGCCCCUUGGGAAGAAGACACCGUUCUAGUUUUCCUGAAGAAUUUCGAUAUUGCCACUCAGACCUUGUCUGGCGUCGGCGCGGUCUAUGUUCGCAAGAACCAAAAGGUGGCAGAGCUGGCAGCCCCUAUUCUCGAGAAGAUGAAGUGGCCUGCGGGUACGGAGUUCACACUGUAUGAGGAGAUCAAGCACAACAUGAUCGACUUGAUGAAGCCCAAGCAGACCUUCCUCCAGUCCGAGAUUCAAGACGGUGACAUUAUCACCUUCCAGCGCUCAUUGAAGGAGUCUGAGAUCCCCGCCACAGCUCUUUACACUGAUGCCCGGCAAUUCUAUGACCACCUUCUCAACCGCAUGGAUGUCCAAUUCGCCCCCAUUGGAAGUGGCGAGGGUGGUGAAUUCAAACUGACACUGAACCGGAAGAUGAACUACGAUCAGGUGUCAAAGAAGGUUGGCGAGUAUCUGCGAGUAGAGCCGACUCAUCUGCGGUUCGCGCCUGUUAUGACUAGUAGUGGCAAGCCCAAGGCGUUUUUGAAGCGAUCCAACGCUUCAACCCUCAACCAAAUCCUCAGCGGCCAAUACGGAGCGUACGGCUACUCCAUGCAUCGAAACGAUGCGCUGUACUAUGAGGUUUUGGACAUGAGUCUCAGCGACUACGAGAGCAAGAAGAGCUUGAAGGUGACAUUACUUCCCGAGGGAAUUGCGAAGGAGGAAAUUGUCGAGGUCUUGGUGUCUCGCAAUGGAACCGUCGCCGAGCUUCUGGAAUCGCUGCAGAAGAAGGCCAAUCUCGACGAUGAAACUACUCGCGAGCUGAGAAUCCUUGAAGUGCACAGCGGGAAAAUCUACAAGGAGCUGCGCGAAGACACCAAUGUCGCCGCUAUCAAUGAGUACUCUACACUUUACGCAGAAAGGAUCCCAGCCGAGGAACUCAACCAAGAGGCCGACGACCGGGUUAUUGGAGCCUUCAACUUCGAAAAGGAGCCUGCUCGUACUCACGGUGUUCCGUUCAAAUUUGUUGUCAAGCAGGGUGAGAUUUUCAAGGAGACCAAGGAACGCCUGUCUAAGCGGACCGGCAUCAAGGGCAAGCCUUUCGAGAAGAUCAAGUUUGCUGUUGUACCGCGCGCAUCCUUCUCGACCCCCAAGUAUCUUGAAGAUGAUGACAUCCUCUCCGACAUGGCGGGUUCUGAUGACUACCUUGGACUCGACCAUAUCAACAACAAAUCUCGAAGCUUCUGGUCCAAGAGCGAGAGCUUCUCCAUUCGAUAA